AAAGAAUUACAAAUUUGACGAGAAAUUCUAGAAAAGCUGUGGUUUUAAUAUGGCUGAAAAUGAAGAAUUUCAACUGAAAUCAGUAAAACAGAAAUCUACACAUAUAUCAAACAAAGAUAUUGCACAUCUCAUAAUACAAUGUGGAACUUUCGGCCCUUUUCAGCGCUGGCUCUACGGUUAUGUUUUAACUUUAGGUAUUGUGUCAGCAAUGCAGUUAAUGAACUUGCCAUUUCUCAGUGCAAGCGUUCCUUUUUUAUGCUACCCUCCGAACUUUAAUGCUUCGUUGAUUCCUGCAAAUCUUACAGAGGAUGAAUAUUUACAAAUGCUUCAACCGGACAGCGACGAUCAAUGUUCUGUGUAUAACAAUAAUUUCACUGGGAUGUAUUAUACAACACCACCAAGUAAUUCAUCUAAACUACAGUGUUCUUAUGGACGGAAAUUUCUGACAGAGGAGUUUUCUACAAUUGAAAGCGAGUUUGACUUAGUAUGUGAGAGAAAAUGGUUAAAAUGCACUUCGCAAUCAGUAUUUUUCUCUGGUUUUCUUGUUGGAUCAAUUAUACAUGGUAUUUUAUCUGACAGAUUUGGUCGGAGACCCAUUAUAUUAUUGGCACGUGUAUGCCUAGUUAUCUGUGGCAUUAUCAAAUCUUCAUGCCAUCUUUCAGCAUUUUUCUCAUCCUACAUUGAAUUCAAGGCUUUGGAUAUGUUGCUUCAGACUCAACGCGGAGACCUACAUCAAGUGCCUGGAGGAGGUAGUGCUGCACUGGGCCAAGAGGGUGGAACACAGUUAUGGCUGUCAGACAAUUUUUGCGACAACAUCUCCCCUAACAUCUGGCCACCUAACUCCCCACACUGGAAAUCCUUUGAUUACUAUGUGUGGAGUGCAUUGAUCAUCUCCUCUGAAUCUCCAAGAUGGCUCAUUGAAAGAAAACGGUUUGUAGAAGCAGAAGCACUUUUCCGAAAAAUAUGA